AUGGCUUCUACAAUCCCUACUUCACCAAUUGACGGUUAUUCUGUGCUCUUCUCUCCGUUUUCUCCUAAUCUGUUGGGAUUUGUGGGUGGCAGUAAUUAUGGGAUAGCAGGAAAAGGUGGUCUCAUUAUCAUAGAACACGGACCAACCGGAUAUAAGGAGAUUAGGAGGUAUGGAUGGAAGGACGUGCUGUACGAUGUGACGUGGAGUGAGAUUGAUGAGUCAGUGGUCGUUGUUGCUAGUGGCGAUGGAAAUAUUGUCAUUUUUAACAUCACCCAAGAUGUUCCUGUGGCUGUAAUGUCUGGACAUUUAGGAGAGGUCAGUAGUGUUGAGUGGAGUCUCUCAAGGAGAGAGCAGCACCUCAUCAGUUCCUCUUGGGACAAGACAAUAAAACUAUGGGAUCCUGCUACUGGUACUUGUCUAAAUACACUGUCUGGUCAUACUGGUAUAGUGUACUCCACUAACUGGUCUCCUCACAUACCAAACACUGUAGCAUCAGUAUCAGGUGAUUACAUGUAA